AUGCCACCCAAGGGGAGAAGAGGACCGUCCGGUCCCUGGGGCAGACUCAAGCCCGUGGUGCAAGACCCCCUCGAGAGCAUAGGACUACCCUCGAAAGGCGACAACCGGCUGCUUGAGUUCGGCACACAGGAGAAAUACUACACCAAGAUCAUGGAGCGGUACAUGGGCUUCUGCUCAGAUGCGGGGAAGCCAGACGAGCUGCUACGGAGGUUCUCCGCCCUCGAGAUCGGCGAGAGUGCCGGGCCGUCCGCUUCGCCUACCUCAACAGCCUCCACUGCUUCAUCAGGAGCGCCGCCGUCACCUUCGCUGAGUCUGCUGCAGAGCCCGGCGAACACAAAGGGCCUGUCGGAUGUCAUGAUGGCGCUGAGGAAGCUGAGGGAGGGCAUCGUGGCGUCGAAGCGCGUCGACGACUUCGCCGUGCAGGCUUACCUGUUCUGCGUCCGCCUCUCCGUUCUGGUGAAGCACCCGGAAUCCUACCACCCGGCCAUCCUGUAUCUGCUCCGCGCCCUGCACCCGCAGCAGCCCUUAACCUCCGUCGAGCUGCAGGAGGUGGUGGCGUACCUGGUAUUAGACGCCGCGUGCCGGAGAGGCCAGAUGUCGGAGGCGUACUCGAUCCGGCGCGAGUACAGGCUACGGGACGCCAAGGUCGACGCGGUGCUGGACGCGCUGGCGCACGACAACUACGUGCGCUUCCGGAGGCUGAAGCAGAGCGUGGACGGGCACAGGGCGCGGAUCAUGGACUGGGCGGAGGGGGAGGUGCGGAUGCAGACGCUCAAGGCGCUGGGGCGGGCGUAUCUCUCGAUAGACCUCGGGUUCCUGGAGAGCGUGACGGGUGCAAAGUGGGAUGACUUGAAGAGUAAUGACGGCGUGGGCUGGGAGCUGGAGGGGAACAAGGUGGUCAUCAAGAAGAUCAGGGCCAGUACUCACACUGUCGUGGCAACGAAGCUGGCUUCCUUCCGUGUUUCCCUCACCUACGGCGAAUCAGAGCGCAUGCAGUGCAGGUUAGGCUCUAAACCUCGCGACCAGCGCCUCGUCAGUAGGAACAGCGCGGCGUUUCUGGGCGGCGAAAAGUUGCUCCAGUUACCAGAGGUACUCGGUCACUCCUUCUACACCUGCCCCGAAAUCAACAACGGACUCGACGAUGAGCCGUACCAAACACCAGACCUGUUACCCUUCAAGCAAAUCCCCUCCUCCACCCUCCCGAACCUAUACAUCACAUAG